AUGGCAAACACCGACACCGUUCGUCUUGGGAUCUUAGGCUGCGCCAACAUCGCUAGAAAACUAGCCAGAGCCAUUGCACUUGCUCCCAACGCAACCGUCUCCGCCAUCUCAAGCCGCUCCCUAGAGAAGGCGAAGAAAUUCGCUGCAGAAAACAAUUUACCAGCAAGCGUGAGAAUCUACGGUAGCUACGAUGAGAUCAUGGUUGAUUCAGGCGUGGACGCGGUGUACAUUCCUCUCCCGACGAGUCUGCACGUUCUAUGGGCGGUUACUGCAGCAAAUAAGAAGAAGCACGUGCUCGUCGAGAAGCCUGCGGCUCUCAACAUGGCAGAGCUUGAUCGGAUCUUAGAGGCUUGUGAAUCAAACGGCGUGCAGUUUAUGGAUGGUUCUAUGUGGUUGCAUCAUCCUAGAACUGCUCACAUGGAACAAUUACUCUCUCUUUCUAAUUCCACUGGUAUCGGACCCGUUCAUUUUAUUCAUAGCACAUCAACAAUGCCAACGACACAAGAGUUUUUGGAGAAUAACAUAAGAGUAAAGCCAGAGUUAGAUGCUCUCGGUGCUCUUGGUGACUUAGCAUGGUACUGCAUUAAUGCAUCCUUAUGGGCAAAGGGCUACAAACUGCCAACCACCGUUACCACCCUCCCCGACGUCACGAGAAACUCGGCCAGAGUCAUAUUGUCAAUCACAACUUCUUUGCAAUGGGACAAACCGAAUCAAACAGUUGCAAAUAUUCACUGCUCGUUUCUUUCUCACACGUCCAUGGAUUUAGCAAUUUGUGGUUCCAAUGGGUCUAUGCAUGUUAAGGACUUCAUAAUCCCUUAUAAGGAAACUAGUGCAAAAUUUGAUUUUACAUUUGGUGCAAAAUUUGCUGAUCUUCACAUUGGGUGGAAUGUGAAACCAGAGGAAGUUGAUGUGGCCAACAAGCUCCCACAGGAAGCUUUGAUGGUGCAAGAGUUUGCUAGGCUUAUUGCAAGUAUUAGAGAUUGUGGGUCUCAUCCUUCUCCCAAAUGGCCGGAAAUUAGUAGAAAAGUUCAAUUGGUGGUUGAUGCCGUGAAAAUGUCUUUAGAGCUUGGCUGCAAGCCUGUUGCAUUGUAG